AUGGCGAUAGCACAGAACACCGGUCGCAUACGGCCGACGAAGCCGAAGAAGAAUGCGCAGAAGCAGAAGCGCAAACGAGACGAUGUCGACGCCAACAAACUUCAGGAAGCCGUCGACCAGAUCGAUGUCAAGAGCACAUUCACCUCCUUCUCCGAACUACCUCUCUCGGCACCGACAGAAGAGGGACUCAAGUCAGCGCACUUCUCCGCCCUGACCGAUAUCCAGGCCAAGGCUAUCCCCCGAGCGCUCCAAGGCUCAGACAUUCUCGGAGCGGCGAAGACGGGCAGUGGGAAGACUUUGGCUUUUUUGCUUCCAGUGCUGGAGAACUUGUACAGGGCACAAUGUAUCGGAGCAGAUGCGGGGCUGGGGGCUAUGAUUAUAUCGCCGACACGCGAGUUGGCCAUACAGAUCUUCGAGGUUUUGCGAAAGGUCGGAGGGAAGGGACAUCUGUUUGCGGCAGGACUUGUGAUCGGUGGGAAGGGAUUGCGGGAAGAAAGAGAUGCGCUGUCGAGGAUGAACAUCGUGGUGUGCACGCCAGGACGGAUAUUGCAGCACUUGUCGCAAACCUCAACCUUCAACGUGGACAACCUGCGCAUGCUGGUGCUGGAUGAGGCGGACAGGAUCAUGGAUAUGGGGUUCAAGAAGGACGUCGAUGCGAUCAUUGAAUACUUGCCAUCGGACCGGCAGACGAUGCUAUUCAGCGCCACGCAGACGAAGCGAGUGUCAGACCUCUCACGUCUUGCGCUGAAGGAGCCUGAAUACAUCUCUGUACAUGAGGCGGCGAGCACUUCAACACCGAAGUCACUGCAGCAGAACUACACCGUCACGCCACUACCAGAGAAGCUGGAUACACUCUGGUCUUUCCUGCAAGCCAGCAAGAAGUCCAAGAUCCUAGUGUUCCUCUCUUCAGGCAAGCAAGUUCGCUUUGUCUACGAAGCCUUCCGCCACAUGCAACCUGGUAUCCCGCUUCUCCACCUUACCGGCCGCCAGAAGCAGACUGCACGUCUGGAGAUCACCCAGAAGUUCUCGAAUGCAAAACACAGCUGCCUCUUCGCUACAGACGUCGUCGCCAGAGGUCUGGACUUUCCAGCCGUCGACUGGGUGAUUCAGGUCGAUUGUCCAGAAGAUGGAGAUACUUACAUCCACCGCGUGGGUCGGACAGCACGGUAUGAGAAAGCUGGACGAGCCGUACUGUUUCUUGACCCUAGCGAGGAAGAAGGCAUGCUUUCGAGGCUGGAGCAGAGGCGGGUGCCCAUCGAGAGGAUCAACGUCCGAAACAAGAAGCAGAUGUCCAUCAAGAAUCAGCUGCAGAGUAUGUGCUUCAAGGACCCAAGUCUGAAGUAUCUGGGUCAGAAGGCAUUCAGUUCGUACGUGAGGAGCCUGCAUAUUCAGAAGGACAAGGAGGUGUUCAAGCUGGAGAAGUAUCCACUGGAAGAAUUUGCGGCAAGUUUAGGGCUUCCUGGAGCACCGAGGAUCAAGUUCUUGAAAGCAGACCCGGCUGAAGUGAAGAAGUUGAAGAACAGGUCAAGGAUGGAGACGGCUGUGUCGGAGUCCGAGGACGAGGGUAGCGAUGCUGAAGAAGGAGGCGAAGACAAGAGCACCAAGAAGAAUGGCGUGCGGACGAAAUACGAUCGUAUGUUCGAGCGGCAGAACCAAGACGUCUUGGCCGAUCAUUAUGCGAAGAUGGUCCGGAAUGACGACAAGGAUGAUGUUGACUUCGGAAGGCUGGACGGUGAACAAGCAGGCGACGACGCACUGUUUGACGUCAAGCGGCGUAUUCCUGCGGAUUCUGCAUCAGGCUCAGACGAAAGAGAUGUCCCGGCAGCCAACGGUUACGCCGAGGAGACAGGUGGGGAGAUAGGUGGCUCAGGGCCCAAAGCCAUCAACCUUCCCGGUGCCUCUGCUCCUCUCGUACUCGACUCUAAGCGUCGCGAGAAGCUCUUGAAAUCCAAGAAGAAGCUGCUCAACUUCAAAGACAAAGGCAGCAAGGUCGUAUUCGACGACGAAGGACAGGCUCAUCCGAUCUACGAGCUCGAGGAUGAAGACGCCUUCAAGGCACGCGGAGCGCCGGAUGAGCAGAGAGAGCGCUUCUUGCGGAGUGAGCAAGAGCGGGUCGAUGAGGCAGAUAGGGCUGACAAGCAGCUUGCGAGGGAGAAGAGGCGGAUCAAGAAGGAGAGGAGAAAGGAGAGGGAGAGGGCGGAGGAUGAAGGCGAGGCUGAGGACGGUGCGGUUGGUGAUAGCAAUGAGGAUCUGCUUGCUAACUUUGCUGCUGAUGCUGAUGGGAUGGAUGAGGAGGAUGAGGAAGAGGAACAGCCCAAGGCGAAACGGCAGAAGAAGUGGUUCGAGCAAGACCCGAAAGUCAGUAGGGACGAGGAGGAGCGAGAGAUUGGGACGCUGGAUGAGCUGGAGGCGGAAGCUGCUAGACUGCUCGGCUGA